UAGUAGAUCAUGAUGCGAUGCUACCGGUACCUGACAUGGUCUCAGAGACGACAUUGCUGCGAGAUGCAAUAGGAUCAUUUGUUGCAUGGCCCUCGGAGCUCAUUACCAUUAGUGAUGAGACUGCUCCUAUAAAACCCGCAAUUAAGGGUAAAGGGAUUUUACAGGAGGAGGAGUCCGUUGCAUCACUAAAAGAGGCAUCCGCUCGGGAGUCACAACAAGUGACGCAGCAAGUUCGUACCGUACCACCCACUGGUCCUCCGAAGCCAGCGGGAAAAAAAGGCGGUGCUUUUGUGCCUCGAUACCGGUCGACGCUCGCAACAAUGGUUGAUAUGUCCGAUAUGAAGGAUGGUGCUUUACGUGAAAUCGAUAUGGAUGAAAGUGUCUUCGGUAUUGAAUUCAAGUCACUUAUUACAAUUGAUGACUUGGAGGAGAUUUUUAGGCAUGAUCAACUAGGCGUCACUAACAUGCACUCAUACAUCCGGUUGUUGUAUGACAGAGUGUUGCGCGGGAAUCCAUUGUCUAACAGAUUCCGUUUCGGGUCUUCCGCCAUUGCAGCGGAAUGGUGGGAUAUCUUUGCACCCGGUUGUUGUUGUUUUGAGGCUGAACCUGCUGUUGAGGUUGUUAGGGCCUUUGCUGCAAUUGUUGUUGAGAAUUUUGUGAAAGAACCUUCGUACUUCUUUGGACCAGUAGAAGACUCUGCUUCUUUGUUCAAGCGUCCUUCUCGAACUAUCUCUUACAGUCGUACCCCCAUGUUUACCAUAUCGGUAAAGUUAUUAGGUGCACUUGCAACCAUCUGUCCGUCGUAA